AUGGAUGUCGAGGGUUCGGAACCAAGUACUUACCGGACCCCACGCACUUGGUUCUGGGAUCCCGUGAGCGCCUCGGGGCCCUGCGAUGUAGCCAAAGUAAGAGCACGUGUGCUUCAGAUGCAACAAUAUAAUCAGUGUAAGGCGAUGAGGAAGAGCGAAGAAGCUACCGGCGAGGCGCUGUGCACAAAACAAACACAAACAACCUUGAGAUACGACGGACGAACAGUUGAACUGGAUCGUCACUGGCAGGGAAAUAGAGGGCAUUAUAGAGAAGGAAUGACUGUCUUCCUUCUAUAUGGGGAGACUGCUGGCAGGGCCCGCUAUCACUUUGCAUCUGCAGUGGUCAAACUCCUGACAGGCCUGCAUCAAAUCUCACUACCAUUGCAAGGCUGCCGUGCAUAUGAAAUCUACUUCAGCAAACCACCCGGUAUUAAGGCACCUCCAGGGGAUGAGUAUACGAGGUCGCGCUGGUUCAGUCCGACGGAUGGACAUGCCCAGCUUCUCACUAUCAGUUUCGAGUCUUUGGAAGAUGGCAAGGUUGGGACGCUAUCACGUCGGUUUCUCGAUGUUUCCGUUCUCGCUCUUGCAUCUCUCCCAGUACUAAGUAGUCUCGACGUGAAGUUGUGUCAUCUUUAUCACCCGUUGAAGAUGGUAACAGCCUUUCAAACCUGGAACGCGGAAGACUUUGACCUCGCCUAA